GCGCGGCAGCCGUGCGUGGCGUCUGGGCCUUGCCGUCGUCGACACUGGGAGCGGCCGUGACGGCUCAUCACCUAGCCCCUUUUUCUCUGCAGCAGCAACAACAACAGCCCCACCAACAACGGCAGAGGCAGCUGUCUACGCACUCGCAGUCUAGACGGCCGAAAGCUAUAGUGAGGACCCAGAAACGGAAUGCCGCUGGACUUCUCCGGGGGUUCAACUCUAGCGCCUUGGGGAAGCAAUGGGAAGCCUUGAGGGACCCGCCCUCGUUUGCUUUCGCUUUUGAGUGAGUUUCUGCCCCUGUUUGAGCUGUUUACUUUGACUAUUUACUCUUCCUGCCUGGUUGCCUUCAUGCAUGUUCAUAUAAUCUCUUCCCAAUCCACAAGAUGGGGUAACUCCCUUGCCUUUUCCCAUGUUUAGGCCUCAGCCCGUUGACCCGAGACAAUGCAGCAUCGACGGCGUGCUACUCCAUGUCGCCAAACCCAUUCCGGGCGCGACAGAGACGCUGCGGUUCUUGAACGAACACAGCAUCCCCUUCAUCCUGCUGACCAAUGGCGGCGGCAAGCUUGAGGCGGACCGUGUCAAGGACCUCAGCGAGAAGCUGGGUGUCCCGCUCACGACGGACAACUUUGUCCAGUCGCACACGCCCUUCCGCGAGCUAGUUAAUGCCGGCGGGCCCGACGGCAAAGGGUUUAGGGAUAAGACCAUCCUCGUAACGGGAUCCGACUACGAGAAGUGCCGGUCUAUAGCUGAAUCAUAUGGCUUCAAGAACGUCGUGACCCCCGCCGACAUCCUCGCCGCCCACCGCUGCGUGUUCCCGUUUGCGGUGGUGGCCGACGUCGAGUCUGCGGCUGGCGACGGCGACAGGCUGGCGACGCGGCCUCUGCCCAAGCCCCUGCACAACACCACCGCGGCCCCGGCAACAGCAGCAGAGCGGGCGGGGCUCCUCAAGAUCGACGCCAUGUUCGUGCUCAACGACCCCCGAGACUGGGCGCUCGACAUCCAGGUGCUGGCCGACCUGCUGCUGUCUGAGCAGGGCUACAUGGGCACCUACUCGUCCAAGAACGGCAACGCCUCGCUGCCCAACCACGGCUGGCAGCGCGACGGCCAGCCCACGCUCUACUUCAGCAACGCCGACCUGCUGUGGGCUGCCGCCUACCACCUGCCUCGAUUUGGCCAGGGCGCGUUCCAGGCCGCCAUCGCCGGCGUCUGGCACCGCCUCACCAACGGCGCCGCCCCGCUCCGCCGCACCGUCAUCGGUAAGCCCCACGCCGACACGUAUCGCUUCGCCGAGCGCGUGCUGACCGCGCACCGCAACGACACGCUGCGCCGCCUGGGACACCUCCUAGAGCAGGCCGCCGAGCCGCAGUGUGCUGCUGCUGCUGAUAGCAACAGCAACCCCGUCGCCGCCGUCUACAUGGUCGGCGACAACCCCGAGAGCGACAUCGCCGGCGCCAACGGCCACGUCAGCGACGCCGGUAUCCAGUGGCUGUCGGCCCUCGUGCGCACCGGCGUGUGGUCUGAAGAGCGCGACGGCCACAGCGUGCUCACGGGCGUCAAGAAGCCCACUGUCGUCGUGCCCGACGUCAAGGCCGCCGUGCAGUGGGCGCUGCAGAGGGAGGGGUGGGAUGCGGAUUUUUAGACUUCGGUGAUGCGACGUCAUGUGGACGAGUAGCGCAGAAGCGAGCUGAAUAUAUCCCUUGAUUUUUCUAUAAGUGCUCCGUAGCGUAUAUGGUUAUUCCGUAGACAGGACAGUUAAGAGCCUACGGAUAUCUAAUGACGUCUUGUGAAAUGCACUAGCCAGGCAGCGUUGCUAUUACCAUGUUCCGGAGCGAUGAAUUAUGUUAUAUAAACAGCAUUACUUCACGACGCCGCUAUCAAUAGUUAGACUUCAAAUAUAAUAGAUAAUAAGC